GCUCACAAGCGCAACACACUUUUCGCCCACACCCCAUCUCCGGCCUCAAAUCUCCCACACCCGACGCACCAUCCUCCCCAGCAGCACGCCAGCUAGCUAUUUGCCCCUCCCGCUGUGCUGCUCCGAAAGUAGAACAAGUAUCCACGGAGAUCAUGACAACGUUUUCGACGCCACUCACCGUCGGCGGCAUGGAGCUCCGCAACAGGUUCGUCAUGUGUCCUCUUACCAGGAACCGGGCGACCGUGGACCUGGUGCCCACCGACCGGGAGGCGGAGACCAGCAUGCUGGUCUACUACGAGCAGCGUGCUACACACGCGGGCAUGAUCAUCGCGGAGGCGACUCAGGUCAGCAACGACGGGCAGGGUUACCCUUUGACACCCGGUAUCUACACCCCGGAACAGAUUGCCGGGUGGAAGAAGAUCACCGCUGCCGUCCACGCUAAGGGUGCCAAGAUGGUCUGCCAGCUCUGGCACUGCGGCAGGAUCAGCCACGAGAGCUAUCAGCCGGAGGGGCGCGCACCGCUCGCACCAUCGGCCCUCGCAUGCCCCGCAGGGGAGUGCAUGACCAUGGAGGGACCCAAGCCGUUUCCGGUGCCGCGGGAGAUGACCAUCGAGGACAUCAAGACCUGCGUCGAGCAGUUCCGCCAGGGCGCACUGAACGUUAUGGAGGCAGGCUUCGACGGGUUGGAGAUUCACGCCGCAAACGGGUACCUGAUCGACCAGUUCCUCAAGGACAGCUCCAACAAGCGUACCGACGACUACGGCGGCUCGUUGGAGAACCGCUUCAGGCUGCUCAAGGAGAUCUUGACGGCUUGCCAAGAGGCCAUCGGCAAGGACAAGGUCGCCGUUCGCCUCACACCGGGAGGCACCUUCAACGCGACCAAGGACGAGGCCGAGGAGGCCACGGGCAACCACGAGUACUUCUGCCGGCAGCUCAGCGGCAUGGGCCUCAUGUACCUGCACGUCAAGCUCGCGGACGACCAGGACGUGCGCCACGGGGGCAAGGUCGUCCCCAUCGAGACCAUUCGCAAGGCCUUCGACGGCGUCCUCAUCACGAACAACCGGUACGACGAGAAGGACGACUUCGGGGAGGGCGACCUCGGGAAGAGCUACGACGCCGUUGCCUUCGGGCGGGCGUUCCUCGCCAACCCUGACCUGCCCGUCAGGGUUGCCAAGAAGGCCCCCCUGAACGAGUGGGACCACACUACCUUCUUCGGGGGCACCGGGAAGGGCUACACCGACUACCCGUUCAUGGACGCUUGAAAAGCGUCGAUUUCCUAGGCAAUGCGUGCUCACCAGGAGUAUGUUUAUGUUGCUCCGUUGACCAUCGAGGAGUUAUGACUGGUUGUAUUUGUCCCGGGAACCUCUUGCCCUGCUCCCAGUUGGUCUGUGAGCUUUGUGAGCCUGCCAGCACGUGCAGAGGCAGAGGAUAACCUUUCAUGGACGCUUGAGAAGCGAAAUCUUGAGGGGGGUGUUCUUUGAAGGGGGUCCGCGGG